CAUACACGACUCUAACGCCGAGUUUUAAUCUUGUUAAAUCAGAUUGUCUUUUUAAUACGGUUAAGGCUUUCGCUAGAGUACGUUAUCAGACUUUCCCUAAUUCUUAUAAAAACAUUGGCGUUCCAGUCAUUUCAUUUGAAACGGACAUGCGCCAGUCGUACGGCUUAAAUAUUUCUUUAAUUCUAGAGUACUUUACUACUCAUUCUUUGACAGCCAGUGAGUAAUAUAUGUGCUGGUAGUACCAAUAUCAAUUAGUGAUCUUCAAAACUUCCGAUAAUUUAAACUUUUAGUUAACAUCAAAAGUUUGUUAUAUCACAGAAGAAAGUUUUAUGUACAUUUUACACGUUGGAUUUAUGAGAUUGUUAUAACCAAUCAAAAGUGUCCGUUUCAAGACGACCAAACAGGAUUAGUUAGAACCUUUGUCGCGGUUCAGCAUUAUCUGACUAUAUGACUUGAAUAACUAAAAAAAUAUAUAGUAUUUGACUAUUUAUUCACGGAAAGUGUAUAGAUAAGACAUUAGUGGAAUAUACAAGUUAUAUACUAUAUGGACGCUUUCUUAAAUGUAAUUUUCCAGUUCAAGGAUUGCAACAUAUUAGUGAAAAGGAUUUUUAGAUUUAUGUAGAUAAAUGGAUGUGAAAUACUGAAACAUAAGUCUUGAUUAUAUGACUUAAAUAACAAAAAUGUGAAUAUAUAUAUAAACAAUUACUUAAUGUGCUCGUAUCAGAAAAAUGAGGCCUAAACUACAAGACUUCCAGAGACUUCUUUUUUUCUUUAUUCUCCUAAUAAAGACAGUUCAACCGUCUUGGUGGUAUCUAGGAUUGAUCAGCAGUUCGCAGACAGAUUUACUCAGUGAACCACAUCAUGAGGAAGAUGUUGACUGUUCAAACUUUAAGUUUUUAGCACCUAGACAGAAAGAACUAUGUAGUAAAGAAGUACAGCUACAUAAAGUCAUAGGAGAAGGCGCAAAAAGGGGCAUUGCCGAAUGUCAAAACCAGUUCUCAAAUAGAAGAUGGAACUGCUCCACGUUUAAUACCACUGAUGUUUUCGGGAAAGUUUUACAAUUAAAGACGAGAGAAACAGCAUAUAUCUAUGCAAUCCAGUCAGCUGGUGUCAUGUAUGCUGUAACUAGGGCAUGUGCAAGAGGAGAUUUAGAAAGGUGUGGCUGCGAUACAAAAGUACGUCAAAAAGACACAGAUGGACAGUUUGAAUGGGGAGGCUGUUCAGAAAACACAAGAUAUGGUGGUAAAUUCUCUAAAGAAUUCGUAGACACCAAUGAACACAGAACAUCAGAAGACGGGCUUAUGAAUUUGUGGAACAAUGAAGCUGGUCGGAAGGCCACUAAAUCACAGAUGGAUUUAUUAUGUAAAUGCCAUGGAGUGUCCGGAUCCUGUAGUGUAAAAAUUUGUUGGAAAAAAUUGAAAAACUUUCAAGCUAUUGGAAAAGCACUUAAAGACAAAUUCGACGGUGCAAGUUUAGUCCGUUUUAUUAAAAACAAAAGAAAACUAAAGCGAAUAAAUAGAGAUAUGAAAAAACCUACGAAAAAAGACUUAGUUUAUCUUCAUGAAUCUCCAGACUUUUGUAACCAGAACCCUAAUUUUGGGUCGUUAGGCACUCAAGGACGAAAGUGUAAUAAAACAAGUUUCGGACUUGAUGGAUGUACCCUAAUGUGCUGUGGAAGAGGGUAUUAUACCAUAAUUAAAGAAAUCAAAGAAGACUGUGACUGUAAAUUCGUAUGGUGUUGUCGAGUUGACUGUAAACGAUGCACUCAAGUUGUGGAAGAGAACUAUUGCAAUUAAAUAAAUCAAAUUAUGUGACGUCAGUAGAACUAACUGCAGUUAUAAAUACAACUGCAAAUGUUUAUGUGCUAUAGAUGAAAUUGCUGAUAUCUUUUGUAAAUGAAGACAUUUUUAAAUAUGUAAAUACAGUCAUAUAAAUUCAACAUAAUAUAUUGAAACGGGUACGAUUUUUUCUAAGCGCAUUGAUGUUUUUGUAUCAUGAAGUUAGUAAAUUUUCAUGUUUAAAAAUUUGCUUACUAUAUGAUUUUUUUUGUGCACUGUGUAUAUACACUGUGUGUUGCAUAUAUAAAUUCGUCAUAAUCUGAGGACGUCGUUUCGUCUUCACUGUUUUGGCCAAUAUAUGGGUAACAUCAACUACUUGUGCCCCCUUCCCGCUAAGAUGUAACGCUGCAAAUAUAUAUAUAUAUAUUGUUCAUCUUCUGCUAUCAGCAGAGAUCAAGCCUAUAAAAAAAUGCAUUAAACUUUACACACAACUUUUACGUAGACUCUUUUAUGUACAGCAAUUUGUGGUAUUUUUCACAUCAAUGUAUAAAAGUCUUCAGUAUAUAUUUUAUUUUCAUUCUUAAUCGCUUACAUAUUUUCCUUAAAGCUACUUUAUUGUUUGGGGUACAUAUUAUUUAUGAAAAUGUCUGGUGUUACAUUAAAUAUGCAAGGAGCAAUAUUGUUAAAUGCAAUUGUGCUUUUUUUGCAUAAAAUGUAAGUGUCACAGAUAAAUUACAUUAUCUUUCACAAAUUUGCUCAUGUUUUUCUUUCAUUGUUUUAAUUUAAUAAACUAUAUUAAUGUUUAUGUUAAUUUCUUUGCAUUGCUGUACAAUAAAUAUAUACAAAAAAUGCGUUUGACAGAAUUAAACGUAAAAGUAAAGUUUUGUUUAAUGUGGUGCCAUAAAAAAUGCAGACAGUCAUUGAACAAGAUACAAAAGCCAAUACCGCAAAAUGUUUGGAACAAAGAGAUAUAUUUAAAACAAAUUACGGGUUGGUCCUUCAUGAAGAUGCGAAUACUUACAAGCAAUUACUAUUAUACGUGGACCUUUAAACGGAAAGGGGUGGUGGAUAUGGCGUUUUCCUUAAAAAGAAAAUAUCCUGAUCCCCAAUUUAACGAAAACAAAUUUUGUGGUCAAGCAGAAUACAAAAUAAAAAUUAUGAAUCCUGGUUACCCCCAUACGUUAAAGCAUUAAAUUAAAAUAAAUCAUAAUUUGAUUAAUAGAGUCGAAAAACUUAAAAAUCAUAUUCGCGCUUUUACCGAAAAAAAUCAUCUGACGAGGACAAAAAAUAAAAACCAAACCCCUUGAAGUUAAAUGGUUGCUCACUAAGAAAUUGAGUACAUGACAAUUCAAGAUCCGAUGGCUUAAUCCCACAAUAACGCGGAAAGCCAACAUGUCGCGUACAUAUGUAUGUACAGACAAUAUUCUUACCAGAAUAAUACAGGUUAUGUAUAAAAUAACAAAACAAGAAAAGUAUAAUUUUAUAAUAGGAGACACUUAUAUUCAUUUAUCUAGUCCAUACUACUACAACCACAAAAAGCUUCAUCAUUAACAAAACUUUCAAAUUAAAAACAUAAAUACAGAUUAAUUUUAAAAUCUAAUGAAAAAAUAACAAAAUAACUGAAUGCGUUUCUUUUCAGAGCAGGCAUGUUGAUUUUAGGAAUAGGCACACACAGCCUAUCAUUUCAAAAAUCAAUUUUUGCGAUGAAAAGGUAUCCCAUUCUUUUCUUUAAGGAUCAAAUAUUCUAUUAAGUUCACAGGUAGAUGCGAAUGUAGAUAAGAGGUAAAUUAUAUGUUAUUUUGUUGUUUUAGUUAUUUUAGCAAGUAAGUUCUAAGUUCAGUUUAUUUAGGAUUUUGUUCCGUCUUUGUUCCGACUUGACGCGGCCUACAUUGAUGGAUUACCGUAUCAAAUUAUAAUUCAAAUAGGAAGUGACAAUAUUGUAUCUAUACGCGAUAACAACACUGUAAUACGAUCUGCUAAACUAAACUUGACGUUGAGAUAUUUGAAAAAUAGUUUUAAAUGUAACAAUCCCGUUAAUAAAUUUAAUAUAAAGAACAAACUACAGAGAUGUCUCCUCGCAUACAGUAUUUUCUGAGUAGAGUUUAUUUACAAAUAGAAGAUUUCUUUACUCAAUUAGUUCAUGGGAUUCCUUUAUAGUUGUUUUAGUUAUCAAUUUUACAAUAUUUGAACAUCGGAAAAUAACGACCGUGUCUCUUACUUACAUCUUAUCCUUUUAUCGUCUGAUAUUAAAUGCGGUAUAAUGUCAGCGGACAGUAUCUGAAGGGGUCUUGAAUUCGGAAUAGAUAUGUACAAACCAUAUUGCGGGUUUAAACUCUAUAUUGAGAUCUCAACUCUAUAAAGUACUCUUGAGAUCCAUGUAAAUCUCACUAUAGCAUGGUUGUUGCAAUAAGAAUUGGAUAUACAAGUCAGAAAUAACAGAAAACGUUCUAAUGUAUGAUUGUCGGUAUGAUUAAACAUUGCGUAGCACUAUUAUAUUAACGAGUCAAAUACAAGUAAAUGCACUGAUCUUUUUCUCAACAUACGACUUGGCAAAAGUUUGUAAACUUAAUAAAUUUGAUAAUAUCUUGA